AUGGCUCCAAGAAGAAAGGGUAAAUCAAGAGAGACACUCCAAAUCAGACCUUACCGUCCUCGCAGACAAACUCAAACGCCAGCUGAGGCAAAGAAGGCUAGCACACCUGAAGCAGAGUCUGCCGCUCCAUCCACGUCCGCUUCUACGUCGCAAGAAGAAGAAUUCCCAGUAUCCGACGCGACUCAAACCAUAGCCGUGGAAGAUAAUGAAAGUGAUACUUCUGCUGGUAACCAGGACAACAACGACAACGAAAGUGAAAACGACGGCAACAAAAAUAACCAUGGUGAUGAUGCUGAAGAAUCCAAGAAGAAUCGUGGUUCAUGGACGCCUGAAAAGCAAAUUGUCCUCUUGCAAAAGUAUGCUGAACACUUUCCACCUGGAGCUCCCUGGGGUAAGAGCACUGAAGCAUGGCAAAGAAUUGUGGAUGCUGUCAAUGCUGUUGCGCCCAAUGACACGCCACUUCGUUAUGAUGCCUGCAGACGUGCUGUAGACAGAAUUUCGGAAAGAUACAUGGAGGAAGAAAGUAUCCAAAAGGCGGCUAUUGCGGCCUUGACAAAGCGAAACAAGCAUGAGGGUGAAAAGGCCGAUAAGCUCAUUCAGCAAGAAUCCAAGAAGGAAAGAAAGCGUAUGAAGCGAUUGAUCAUUCAAAGAUUGGCAGGUGAAAAACCUGUUGAAAUCGCUAGCCGCGGUAUCACGCCCGCAAUGCCUGGACCUCCUCCUCAAUACAUUGCUGCACCCGUUCCUCCUCCUGUCUUCAACUACAUUCAGUUCGAUCAAGCCUACGUUGAAGAACAGCGUCAGUACCAGCGAUCCGUAUUGCAUCAUUUGGAGAGCAUGAAUGAGAUCCUCAAGGAUUUAAGCAAGAGAUUGAAGAAAUAA